GUUCAACUUUCUCAACAACAAAUCAAGCCUGAAAUUCACUUCACAAAUCUUUAGCCUUCAACUUCUUUCCUCUUCACUAAAAGAUAUAUACAUAUCGUGGCAUUUGGCCAACUCAUUAUUUAAUUUGUUGAAGUUAUUUAAAAAUGGAUAUGGUGAUGAAGUUGGGAGCAGCAAGUCCAGUGGUGAUCUUCACAAAGAGUAGUUGUUGCAUUUCUCAUAGCAUCACAACCCUAUUCUGUAGUUUUGGUAUAAACCCUACAAUUUACGAGCUCGAUAAACUUUCAAAUGGGAAACAAAUUGAGAAGGCAUUGAUUGAACUAGGGUGUCAGCCAAGUGUGCCAGCAAUUUUUAUAGGGAAUGAGUUUGUUGGUGGUGCAAAUGAGAUCAUGAGCCUUAAUGUGAGGGGCCAGCUCAAACAGUUGUUCAAGGGCUAGUGCCAUUUGGGUAUAGAAAAUAAUAUUAAUAAUGACUACCUAGCAAGUCUAGCUAGGAGUUAAAUCUAUAUUUAUAUAUAAUAUAAAGUUAGGCAUAGAAAAAGUGAUGCGACACCUUUCUAUGACCAGUAUUUCUAUUUAUCUUUUUUUUUUUUUCAUUUUAUCCCUUUUAUUUUAAUUUAUAUGAUAUUUUAAAAAUCUCAAAAAAUACCUCAUUAAUUCUCUACAUAAUUGCACCACCAUAAUAGGUAAUACCCGUUACUAAUCCCCAAAGUCACAUGACUGAUUUAAAAGCCCAAAAGUAUGCCGAAACAUAAGCAACCAACGUCUGGAUUGUCCAUUGGAGAUCUGUAUGACUUCCAAAGGUUAUUACCUAGAUUGUUUGCAAUAACCUUUACACUGCCAUUUUCUCUGCCAUUCCUGAGAUUUCUAUGUGUAGAUUCUUGCUCUUUAGUUGAGUAUUAAUUAUGAAUUUAAUUUUAUACUUUAUUUUGAACAUUUCUCCGGCCUCCGUCUUUGAGUAUGAUAUUUGGGUUUUUUGAAUUUCCUUUGGUAUGCAUGGGUGGUGCUACUACAGAAUUUUCUUUUUUAACUCUUUGGAUUUAUAGAAAUGAUAAAAGAAGCUAAUCAAGGAAAAGAAAGUGUUUUUUUAUUCUGUAAUUUUGCAGAAGAAUGAGAUUUUUGCAGGAGAGAUAAUUGGAAGAAGAAAACUGCGGAUUUGACUGGUGCGGAUAGGAAGUAAGGGAUACGGAGGAUUAGGGAACAUCAUACAAAGAGAUAUUCAAUGUAAGAAGAAGAGAAUUAAAAAAAGCAGCACUAAUAUGCUCCAUCAGCCAAAAUUUGGGCUAAAUUAGAAUUGCUCACCCAUCACUUUCUUUUUUAAUAUUGUUUACCCCGAAUUUGGGUAAUCAAUUAAAUUUAUUAGUGAGGUAUAGGAUA